UAACUUUGAAGCUCUCUGAGAAACCAAAGCUUCACUCUGAUUCGCAGAGCGAAUCAAAGAGACGACCAUAGAGAAGAAACGCGAAGAACUGAAACAGCUCUUUAAGCUUUUCUUAAUUAUAUAAUAAUAAUUAUUAUAAUUCUCCUCUUUCUUAAUCCCAAAUCUCCUGAUGGAUUGAUUCAUGAACCAGAUCGGGGAUCGAAGAAGAAGAUGCUGAUUUGAGUUUCCGGGUUUGAUUUGUUUUCUCUUCCUCUCCCUUUUUUUGGUGAAAUUGGGUUGGAAUCUGGAGAUCUGGAUCUUGAAAAGCUGGGAACUUUACGUGUUGGUUUGUUCUUGAGGAACUGAUUUGAUUAGGUGAUUGGUUUAAUCAACAAUCUGAAUCCAUUUUUCGAAUGGUUUUGGAUUCGGAAUUUGAAGACUUGUUUGAUUCGGGUUCGGGAUUGAUCUGAUUUUCAUAUCAUCUAAAAGAAGAAAAAUUUGUUAGUUUUUGGAAGAUAUGUUGGAAGAUCGAUCACCAGAUUCGUGUUUGAUUUCAAGGGUUUUCUCAAGCUCUCGUAUUUCUGAAUCAAAGUGGUCUAAGUCUUACAUGUAUCCAGAGGAUGAUGAUGAUGUUGUCUCUGAGAAUAAGCUCGGUAAUGGUAAAAGAGCUUUGGAGGUUGUUGGUGAGAUUAGACAGACCAAAUCACUUAAACUGAUGGGUUUCUCGAUUAAGUAUGAUAGUGAUUCAUCUGACUAUUCAUUGAGUGGGGAAGAGCAAGCUGAUGCUGCCAAUGGUGAUGGUUCGUCAUCGAGACAGGGGCAAGAACAGGAACAAUCUGAUUCUAACGACAAUGGUGGUGAUUCAUCGGAUUCGCAUUCUCUUAUCAAUGAGAUUGGUCGGGACAACUCGAUUGACUGUUUGAUCCGUUGUUCGAGGUCUGAUUACGGUUCAAUUGCUUCUUUGAACCGGAAUUUCCGUUCUUUGGUGAAGAGUGGAGAGAUUUAUAGACUAAGACGGCAAUAUGGGUUUGUUGAACAUUGGGUCUACUUCUCGUGCCAGCUCUUGGAAUGGGUUGCGUUCGAUCCUGUCGAGAGGAAGUGGAUGCAGUUGCCAACAAUGCCUUCGAGUGUUACCUUCAUGUGUGCUGAUAAGGAGUCUCUGGCCGUUGGGACAGACCUGCUUGUCUUAGGAAAAGAUGAUUUUUCGUCUCAUGUAAUAUACAGAUACAGCCUUCUGACUAAUUCUUGGUCUUCUGGUAUGAAGAUGAACUUUCCAAGGUGUUUGUUUGGAUCCGCGAGCCUUGGAGAGAUUGCUAUAUUCGCUGGUGGUUGUGACUCCCAGGGAAAGAUUCUUGAUUUUGCGGAAUUGUAUAAUUCUGAGCUUCAGACCUGGAUAACUCUUCCGAGGAUGAACAAACCGAGGAAGAUGUGUUCGGGAGUUUUCAUGGAUGGCAAGUUCUAUGUAAUUGGAGGAAUCGGUGGUGCUGAGUCUAAAGUCUUGACCUGCGGUGAAGAAUAUGAUUUGGAGACCAAGAAAUGGACUCAAGUCCCUGACUUGUCACCUCCAAGAAGCCGUGCUGAUCAAGCUGAUAUGUCACCAGCAGCAGAAGCACCGCCUCUUGUUGCGGUUGUGAAUAACCAAUUGUAUGCUGCUGAUCAUGCUGAUAUGGAAGUGAGGAAGUAUGAUAAGGAGAAUAAGAUAUGGGUAACUGUUGGAAGAUUGCCUGAAAGAGCUGGCUCGGUUAACGGAUGGGGGCUGGCUUUUCGAGCUUGUGGGGAACGGUUAAUCGUCAUAGGUGGACCGAAGUACUCGGGAGGUGGGUUCAUAGAGCUGAAUUCUUGGAUACCGAGCGAAGGCGGUCCACCACAUUGGACAUUGCUUGACAGGAAACAUUCUCCAAAUUUCGUGUACAAUUGCGCGGUGAUGGGUUGCUGAAACAACAUACAUUUAUAAUACUCUCCAUUUGAAUACCCUCCAGAUUCUUGUUGAUGGGUUUAGCUCACAAAGUCAAAAAGACUCCAUUGAAGGUUCCACGCUCCAACCUUUAUGUUUCUUCUUCUUCCUUAUUUUCUUUCCUUACAAAUUUUUCCAUUUGAAUACGAUCAUCUCUGUAUUGUUAGAGACCAGAAAACAAAAAAAAACUGAAACAGGUUACAAUAAGUUCGUUAAAAGUUAAGCAUUUUAGAGUUUGCCAGAUCUGGUUAACAAUGUUGUAUGUGUUUUUAAUCAAAUAUGUUUUCUAAUAAUCUAAGACAUCUUUUGGUCUUUGUUCA